AAGUUUCAUUAGUGGAAAGCUGUUCGUUCCUUGUCUAUGUCACUGGGAGUCGCCACAAGAGGGAGGGACUUAAACACGGAGGGACAAUGCUUGUGUUUAUGCAACGGCCCCUGAGUGGCGGCUGGCUCUGUCGGAUCUCUUGUGCCUGACUACGGCUGCUGCACUCAUUGUCAGCGUGCAGAGGGGGGAAGUGGACAGCUUGAUCUGCCCGGUCAAUACACUGACAGAGGGAAGGGUGUGAAGGUCAGCACGCCGUGCCAGAAGGCAGGCUGGGUGAGCCGUGGACCGUUUAUCCUGAAACUUUUGCAGCAGAGAGAGAAGAAUUGGAGGAAAUCAGUUAAAGUGUGGCCAAAAUGGCAGAGAAGAAAUUUAGCCUCCCUGCUAAGCUGAUUAACGGGGGCGUGGCUGGACUGGUGGGUGUGACCUGCGUGUUUCCCAUUGAUCUCGCCAAGACCCGCCUCCAAAAUCAGCAGGGUGCUCGUGUUUAUAGUGGAAUGUUGGACUGUUUGGCAAAAACGAUCAAAAUGGAGGGCUACUUUGGCAUGUAUCGAGGUGCAGCUGUGAAUCUUACACUGGUCACACCAGAGAAAGCCAUCAAACUGGCUGCCAAUGAUGUCUUCAGACAGAAGCUCUCCAAAGAUGGAAAAUUACCUCUGUGGGGGGAAAUCCUUGCGGGCUGUGGAGCCGGAACCUGUCAGGUGGUAGUCACCACCCCCAUGGAGAUGCUAAAAAUACAAUUGCAGGAUGCUGGCAGGUUGGCUGCUCAGAGGACUGUCGCUGCCUCUGCCGCUGGUUCGACCCCUUCACUGGUUGCCUCUCAGGCAGCACAGCCGGGCACCAAUGCCCCUCCUCGAUCCUCAGCGACCCGUAUCACCCUGGAGCUACUUAAGACUCGGGGCCUCAGGGGUCUUUAUAAGGGAGCUGGUGCUACACUGAUGAGGGACGUCCCAUUUUCCAUGAUCUACUUCCCGCUGUUCGCCAACCUCAACGCCGUGGGCCGCACUGAGGAUCGCCAUAGCAACCCCCAGGAGCGGGCCCCCUUCCUGCAGUCUUUCGUGGCUGGCUGCACAGCCGGCUCAGUGGCAGCAGUAGCUGUCACUCCCCUGGACGUUAUAAAGACUCGCCUACAGACCUUGCAGAAGGGAGAAGGAGAGGACUCCUAUAGAGGCAUCAUUGACUGCGCACAACGCAUUUUAAAACGAGAAGGACCAGCCGCGUUUCUUAAAGGAGCAACAUGUCGAGCUUUAGUCAUCGCUCCACUCUUCGGCAUCGCUCAGGGUGUAUAUUUCCUGGGCAUCGGCGAGCACGUGCUGGGGCUGCUGGGAUAGCUUGCAGGUGACGUUACCUCAGUCAUCAUACACACAGUACUGUUUCUACGUAGGCCAAGGGAUGAAGAUGAGCGAUGAAGGAAGAUGUGGUGAUGAAAAAAAAGAAGGUUUUUUAUUUGUGAUGAGAUAAAUAUGGAGAGAAAUUCACAUACCCAACCAAAGGAGGUUCAGACACUUUGUGAAAACAGCGGAGGCUUGUGUAACGCUAAUAUAAAGGCCUAUAUUGUACACUAACUGUGUUUAAGUACCUAAAAACUACAAACAGGGUUCUGUAGGUAAGACAGGGUCCUGUUCUGACUAAUCUGGCAGGGUUUUUUUGUCCACAGUUUUUUGUCCAAUUAAUAUUGUUUUUAUGCCUUUAAAACCCAUAGUUACAAUUAGUUUUAAACCAACAUGAUUCGUGAUAAUUGAUUUAUCGGUUGUGAACAGGGUCGAUGUGUAUUUAAGUUACAGAAAGGUAUGGAAGCCCAUUUUCACCAAGAAAUAAAAAAUUAUGAUAAUUGCGAUAUGAUAAUACUUUUUU